CUCUCUCUCUCUCUCUCUCUCUCUCUCUCUCUCUCUAAUCUUGUAGAGAUGGAGAGCACGGACUCGUCUUCGAAUUCGCAGCAACCCCAGCUUCCUCCCGGAUUUCGUUUCCACCCAACAGAUGAAGAGCUCGUCGUUCACUACCUGAAAAAGAAGGCCUCGUCUGCCCCCCUUCCCGUUACCAUAAUCGCCGAAGUCGAUCUCUACAAAUUCGAUCCCUGGGAGCUUCCUGGUAAAGCCACGUUUGGGGAGCAAGAGUGGUAUUUCUUUAGCCCAAGAGAUCGGAAGUACCCUAAUGGAGCUCGGCCCAAUCGAGCCGCCACUUCUGGUUAUUGGAAGGCCACAGGAACCGAUAAACCAAUCUUAACAUCAGGUGGCACGCAAAAGGUUGGCGUGAAGAAAGCUCUUGUUUUCUAUGGAGGGAGGCCACCAAAGGGCAUCAAGACCAACUGGAUCAUGCACGAGUAUAGGCUCACCGAUGGCGGCAACACCAAGCCUAACAACGAUCUCUCAAACAACAACAAGAAAAGCUCGCUCAGGCUUGAUGAUUGGGUUUUAUGCCGGAUUUAUAAGAAGAACAACCAGUCGCCGAGGCUCAUGGAGAGGGAGAGAGAGGACUCAAUGGACGACAUGCUUGCUCCUCUCCCUUCCAUGGAUGGCCAGCCACAUAAGCUCCCUGCGCAAAAGCCCAGCACCUUCGGUGCUCUCCUGGAGAACGAGAACUUCUUCGAUGGCCUGCUCACUGACGAUGGAGUCAGCAACAACAUGAAUUCCAUGCCUCAAUUGCCCUCAAGUCAUCAACAAAACAGCACAAAGUCCGGUGGCGAUCUCCCUCUAGCGCCGGCCGCUCUGCCAUUUAAAAGGACACUUCCUUCGCCUUAUUGGAAUGAGGCCGCCAUGCCUUUGGCCAAGAGGUUUCAGAGCAACCAGAGCACAAGCGGCAGCAACGAUGGCUCCAACUCCAUCGCAACGUUGCUCAAUCAAUUACCAGGAGCUGCUGCACCCUUCCAUCACCAAGGUUUGUUGAGCUCCAUCGGAGAUGGGGUUUUCAGGCCACAAUACCAACAGUUUUCCGGCAUCAAUUGGAACUCGUCGUGAAGUCUCUCCGGCGAGUUACUUGAAGGCUAAGGAAGAAAAUAGCUUCUUUCAAACAGCCAACAAAAAUACGACUGUAAAAAAAUUUGAAAAUUUGGAGGAAACAAAUGGGAAACAAGAAGUGACGGGCUCUGGAGAUUGUGUAGGCCGACACGUGUAAGUGGGGGACAUGGGACAAGAGGUGAAAGGCUUUUCCUAUAUGCAUAUACAUAGGAACACUUGGAUUAACAUGAUUCGAGAUCCCUCGGUGGUGUCGAAAUUAAGGGCACGUUUGGUAUGUCUGAAAAUACUCGUGUAAAGGUAUUUUUAUAUAGAAAAAUUUCUUCAUGUGAUCAGGUGUAGGAGUUUUUUCAUAUCAAUAGUAUUAAUGUAUUUUUUUACACCAAUUUACAACCGAUUGAUGUGAGAAAAGCUCUUUAGAUUA